CAUGUCGCGCGCGCUCUUCGGCAGGACGUUUCGGUCGUGACCGCGUCCCGUUCCAGUCACAAUCUCCUCGCACUCCAUAUUAUACCGUGUUCGCGGUCCGUUCGUCGCCUGUGGAUAAACCACGACCGCGAUCGUUUUCAGAAAAACAGAAAACUUACCCACGUCUUUUUCUUCCGCCUACACCUUCUUCAGCCUCGACCAGGUCCCGUAAGUUUAAUUUGCUCGUUAAAUCGUUAGUUUUCGAUUGGAGCGGUUUUUUUUUUUUUUUUUUUUGUCGACCUCCUCGUACAAACACACACAUAAACAUUCAACCGCGCGUACACCUUUUAUAUUUUUUGUGUUCUAACGAAUUUAAACCGAAAUCGAUUGUUCCCCGAUUUUUACCGCUGAAAAUGUCGGACUGACUGUACGUGUUGUUUUGCGUGCAUCCAACGAGUGCGAUUUUUUUAAUUUAAUACAUUCAAUAUUAUAUUUGGUAAACAUCACUGAACAUGAUACGUCCAUCGUCCACGAGCACUACGAAAAUCGUUAAGGUUAACUGGAAACAGGAAAGAGUGAAGAGUGUAUGUCCGUCUGGCGAAAUCAUCUAUAGGGUUGAACACAAAAAGUAAUACUUCAAACAUCAAAAAGAACGUACACUCAAACAAAUAUAAUAUACACGUUGCCGUGGCCAUGUGACAGACGAAAUGCGUCACACCGAGGUGGUGGGUUUAUGGCGGCCGACGGACGCGCCGCCAGGAGCGAAAACACGUGUAUCCCGGGCUACCGACCAAGGCGGCUCGCACACAUCACACGCGCACAAAUUUGUCAUCAAGUCCACAGCUAUGAUCCGUCAGUCCAGUCUUACACGGUUCAUCGUAAACAAGAAGAACACUACAGGAAACGGUGAGAUACAAUGGUGUUUCUCACAAGUUAAAGGCACAUUGGAAGACGAUGUUACCGAAGCCGAUUUAAUUUCCUGCGUGGAAUUUAAUCACGAUGGUGAAUUAUUGGCUACCGGUGACAAAGGCGGGCGAGUCGUCAUAUUCCAACGGGAUCCAAUGAGUAAAACAUGUAUUCCACGACGAGGGGACUAUACUGUGUAUAGUACAUUCCAAAGUCAUGAACCUGAAUUUGAUUAUCUUAAAAGUUUAGAAAUAGAAGAAAAAAUUAAUAAAAUUAGGUGGCUCAGGCGUAAAAAUCAAGCUCAUUUUCUUUUAUCUACUAAUGACAAAACCAUUAAGUUAUGGAAAGUGUCUGAAAAAGAUAAGAAAAUUGAAGGUUACAACACUAAAGAAGAUAGUGGCAUCAUGAGAGAUCCAAUGAAUAUUACUUCCUUGAGGGUGCCAGUAUUAAAAUCUAUGGAACUAAUGGUUGAAGCUUCUCCAAGAAGAGUAUUCGCCAAUGCUCAUACUUACCAUAUAAACUCAAUCAGUGUAAAUUCUGAUCAAGAAACCUAUCUGUCAGCUGAUGACCUCAGAAUAAAUUUAUGGAAUUUAGAAAUAACUGAUCAAAGUUUCAAUAUUGUUGAUAUUAAACCAACCAAUAUGGAAGAACUUACUGAAGUAAUUACAGCAGCUGAAUUCCAUCCUCUAGAAUGCAAUUUAUUUGUGUAUAGUAGUAGCAAGGGUACAAUUCGUUUAUGUGAUAUGCGAUCUUCAGCACUAUGUGAUAAACAUGCUAAGUUAUUUGAAGAACAAGAUGAUCCAACAACGAGGAGUUUCUUUUCUGAAAUCAUAUCUAGUAUAUCCGAUGUAAAAAUUUCCAACUCUGGCCGUUACAUGAUGUCUAGAGAUUAUAUGACUGUUAAGGUUUGGGAUUUACAUAUGGAAACCAAACCAAUUGAAACAUAUCCUGUGCAUGAAUACUUGCGACCUAAAUUAUGUUCAUUGUAUGAGAAUGAUUGUAUUUUCGAUAAAUUUGAAUGCUGCUGGUCAGGGACUGAUCAGUAUAUUAUGACUGGAGCUUACAAUAAUUUCUUCCGGAUGUUCGACCGGUCAGCUAAACGAGAUGUUACAUUAGAAGCUUCAAAAGAUAUUGCUAAACCCAAGACAAUAUUGAAACCUCGAAAAGUGUGUAUUGGAAAUAAACGCAAAAAAGAUGAGAUUAGCGUGGAUUGUUUAGACUUUAAUAAGAAGAUUCUACACACUGCUUGGCAUCCAAAUGAAAACAUUGUUGCUGUUGCAGCCACUAAUAAUUUGUAUUUGUUCCAAGAGAAAUUGUAGCCUUUGCUCUGACUACCGCUUUCAUCAUCUUUAAAUGUCCUGACAAGAUGGGAUUCUGAUCGCGGGUUAUCAAAAUGUAUAAGAAAAUACACAUUACGUUGAGGCUCUAUGAUGGAGAAUAAGAUCUUAAUAUCUUAUUUUACUCAACAAUAUAUACUGUACAAAAAAUAUCUUUUCGAAAUCCUUUUUAGGAUUUUACAGCUCGGCUCGUUUUAUAAACCAUUUUUUAAAGUCUCCCUUUCUGAAAAUUAAUUUAUAUUUACAGUUCUCUAAAGAGAAAUCACCUUCUUUUUUAUAUAUAUUUAAUAUUUAGAAAUUAACAUUUCAAUUUUUUUAGAGUAAAUUACUUCUGUAUAACUGUUUUCUACAAGAAUUAUUUAGUUUUUUUUAGUGGCGAGCCCAAUUUUUCAAUUAAAUUAUCAAAAGAAAAAUUGUACCAGUGAUUUGAAGAUUAUGCGAUCAUUUAUAUAUUAAUUUAUUUUUGUGUACAUACCAAUGUUUUUAUGAUGAUAGUUAAAUGAGUAAGGUUGAAAAACUUGCGGUUGGUGGAAACCAAACUAAUGAAAAAUCAAAAGAAACAUAUUUUCUUAUGUUUUUUUUUUUUUUUUUUUGGUCUUUGCCCAACACCAUUGAUGGACAAAUAUAAACUUGUUGAAAAUCAAAUUUAAUUUAAUACACGUAAAAAUAAUUAUAUAAAAAUUUGUAUGACAACAUAAGGAUGAUAAAAAAAAGCCUCGCAUCUGUUUUUGAUGGGCGAAUAAUGGCUAUUGUUAUUUUUUCUUUUUAUUUUUACAAAGCUAAAAUUA